AACUCCUCCUUCAGGAUUGGCAAAAUAAAUAUAAGAGCAAACGAGCAGAAAACAAAAGCAGGGGAUUGAAAGAAAACUGACUAAGAAGAUAGCGGUGUCUGGAACGAAUAGGAAAAUGUGCUCACAAGCAUUGAUGGUAUUAACUGCUUUCCUUGCAGUUGUUAAUGCAAAUAAAUGUAUGGGAUUACCUUCAGAUUGUAGAGAUGAAAUUCCACUCAAUUUGCUAAAGAAAAGGAUCAGCAUUACAUAUCCCUCGAGUAUUUUGAAAGCACUGGGAAGACAUGACCAAAAGAAAAAUCACAGCUGCCCAGCAUGGUCUCCUGAACUGCUGGCAAGUUCACACAUUGAGGAUAGAUCAUUCUCACCUUGGGGCUACAGGAUUAAUGAAGACCCUAAACGGAUCCCUGAAUCAAUCCCAGAAGCUGUUUGUCUGUGUCACGGCUGCAUCAGCUUUAGUAAGAUGAAGCAUACGCUGGACUACACUUCAGUACCUGUGACAACAACCAUGCAGGUGUAUUAUCGCACAUCCUGUGGAAAACAUAAGUUUCGGUAUGAAACUAAGUGGAUUGAUAUCGCUGUUGCUUGUACGUGCAUCUCUCCAAAGAUGGGUUAAUUAACCAUUGUCUUACUGUAAUUGUAUCUGUAUUUGGCAGACUAAUUGUAUUGCACCAAGAUACUCUGAACUGUAUUGCAAUUUUCUACCGUUGUGAAUUCAGCUGUCCUUAGGGGAAGGACAUACAAAGCCCCUCUACAGUAACUGUCAUUUUAUAAAGAUCUGUAUUUUUGUUGAAA